AUUAAACAUAAAUAACAAUAUAGUUUAGAAUAAAUUGGCUACGAAUUAUUGAUAAACGAACAAUAAGUAAAACUAAAGUUCGACAUGACCACAGAGUGAUGUCGUUAGCACUUUUCUUUCCUGUUCACUCAAAUGCAAACUGAUCUCGAAUGAACACGAUACUUCAUCUACCUGAAUGCACAAAUAAAUUCACACAAAACUGUACUUUCAUUUUAGACGAGUUUUUUCAUUUAGCCAAUCUGCUGCUAGUGGUAACUAAAAUAAAAUGACCAGUCAUUUAAAAAAUGUGUCUAAUUCACAAAAUUACUCAUUUAUUUAUAUUCAGAAAACAAUGUCCCUAACCAUGUAAUUUCGUAGAUUUCAGUCACACUAUUCAAGUUUCUAUUAAUUAUAUUAAUACAGCUACCACGCCUGAGAGGUGUCGUAGAGCAGAUUAAAUAAUCAUACCAUUUGUAAGAAAACCACUGGGUACGAGCUAAGGGAAAUAUGAAUUACGUGUGAUUUCAUAGUCGAAUACUAGACUGAACUUAUCGUUGAACGAGCAAAAUUUACCAAGCGUUAUAAGGUAAAUCUACCUUAUGACGCCAUUAAGUGCAGACAAGCAUGACUUUUAACAACUAACAAAUUGUGCAACAUGUAAAAAGUAAAUAAAAAAAGUAUUUCUCAUUUUAAAGCCCCCACACGUAUCCAUAAAAGUAGAUAAAUAAUAAACAAUCUUUGCUGUUUAGUGUAGCUUCUAGUAGGGAUUAUAAUAUUGAGGAAACAAUGUAAAUUACUGGAUCAAUGUGAUAAAAGUACUGUGAACUAAUUUCGAUUUAUUUCAUCCAAUAGUUCAUUCAAAAAGCCGUGUUAAUUUCAAUUUGUUGAUUCUUUAUCUUUGUUGAGGAAAAGUGCUCUGCGCUUUUAUAAAUAUACAGCCGAUGCAGAAAAUUGCUCACGGUCUGCCUCCAAUGGUUUGGCCUGAAAUAUAGAUCGUAGAUAUUCGAAAUAAUUGCUGUUUAUAAAAAGGUCCCCAUCCAAAUUACGACUAAUCAUUGUCAGAGUAGUCUGUGCACCCGUUUCUGUGCAAAGAAAUGCAACAAUCGACAAUGACUUCCAUACUGAAUUUCGCUGAUUUUAAUGAAAACUAAAGGUACAGCAGAGAGCAUAUGUAGCUGUCGUCAGUAACGUAGAAAACAUUACAAGACGAUUCUACUCCCUCUCUGUAUUAUAGCAGCCUGAAAUAUAAACAAUAAUUAGGAAGCAUCGAUCGUGAUUCUCUUUAAAUUAUUUGUCUAUGCCAUAAAACAUUAGCAUUCGAAGUAUAUGUCAUCGAUCAUUUGUCAUUCUUGAUGAAGCAGCCGCUGUGCUUUAUAGAAAAAUUCUCUCGAGAGUAUUAAGUCGUGCAAAAGAAUUUAAAAAAGAACUAAGCUCGUUUGGUCAUUUGCUGUUUAGCAACGAUCUGUGAUUCGGGCAUUACGCUGGGGAUACUUCAAAGACUAGAUUUUCUUAUUUAGUACACUUAAUGCUAUCACGGACAUCGACCAAAAAAUUUUAUGAAGCAAGCAAGUUAGGAUAUGCUGGCUGUACUUCGACAAAUCGUUAGUUUGCCAAGAAAUGACCUGCUAAAGUGUUCAAGUUGAACCAAUUUACAGAUGUACAUUGUACAUACAUCUUACUAGUCUGUUCAAGAUAUCGAAAGCGCACUGGAACAUCCCUUCAACGUAAGGAGAAUGCAUAACAAUCUUGCGAGGACAGGGAAUAAAUAAACCAUAAUAAUGCGACAUUUGACUACUACUAAAGUACAAGCUCCGGGCAUCGUUUCAGACGUGUUGCAUGAAAAUAAACAAUAAAAUGUCAGUAAAAGACGUGCGGAGUAUAAUGUUUUUGGUGACAAUAAUAAAUUCACUAAUACAUAAUAAUGAACAUUAUCGAGAGCUUUUAUUUAUUUAAAUGAUAGCACAAGUUAAACAGAAAAGAAAUAUGGUAAUGCUUUUAGUGAAUAAACAACGUUUCUAACGAGCAUUAUUUUAUUCAUAUAAUUUUUGACACUUUACAAAUUUUCUUUUCAAUCUUCAAUCGGUAAAUUAAAUAAUCGUUCGAUAAAAAAACUGAAGAUGCAAUGUAAAAAUGAAAUAGAGCUGAAUCAUAUAUCAUUUAACAGACAUGUACCAGGAAAAAUGUAGAGCCAAAUAAAACUAUUAUGAAUAAUAAAAAACGCACCUCUGAAUGAAGAAAUAAUAUUAGAAAGGAUAGGAAUAAGCGCAAGCACUAUUUUAUUCGUACACUGAGAGAAUUGUUAUUAUAAAUAUUUGCCAUAAUCUGUAGUAAAAAUUACUUAAAAACUUAGUAAUCAUGGGACAUAUUUUGACUGUAGUAAAAGUUGCUGUCUAACAUAGUAAAAUUAAAAUGUUGACAUUUUUUUAUAUAUCAUAUUAACAUUUACUAGAACCAAUAGUAAUUAGUACUAUAAGUACAGUAAAGUAAAUUUUAGUAAAUUUUAUUAUGUACAUAAGAACUUUUACUGCUUCGGUAUACUAAAUUAAAUAUAUAUAUAUAUUUAAUUUAGUGUGUGUGUGUGUAUAUAUAUAUAUAUAUAUAUAUAUCGCAUCUUAUUUAUAUAUUAGUUCGCAAGUUAAUUAAUGUAUCAUAUAGUUCGCCUGUCAGCAGCUUAAUUGCAUACAUUUUUACGUGCACUAUUCAGACUGACAUUUCUUACGGUAAUCAAAUAUUUAUUCUAUCACUUGCGAAAAUUGAACUACCAUCUACGCGUAAUCUCAUACAUACAACUUAUGGUCUAAUCAAUUGCUUCUGCACAAUAUGCAGUUGCUACUGCGUACACGAUAGAAACUUCAAUCUAAUCCUAGUCAUUUUUCUUAUGUUCAUUAUCAAAAUUGUUCAAAUCAUAAUAAUUUUUAUUUGUUAUUCUAACAUAUAUUAUUACAUAUUUUAAUAAUUAUUAAAACAUAAUACUUUUUAUUGUAGUACAUAAUAAUUUCUAUUAUUUGUAUAAUGAACUUUUCUCAAUAUCGUUAUAUAAAAAUUAUUAUUGCCGUAGUAGAAAUUAAUAAGGUUUAAUAAAUUUGAUACUGACUCGAGUACGCGGUAAACUAUGUAUGCGGUAUGUUUUGUAGUAAAUUCUACCGAAACUAUAGCGCAUUUUAUUGGAGCAAUUCUUUCAGUGUACGUAUGAUUAAAGAGCAGGAAGAUCUUCCCUUCGGCUUCUCAUUCCCAAAUUCGUGAUUGACGAACCAAGUAAAAGUCAGAAAAAUCUUCAACAAGUUGCAGGAGUUUUGGCAAUAUCUUCAGUGGUUGCAACGGGAACGUAUAUACGAUGAAUUACAUUGAGGUACAAGCAAAUCGCACAUCACAUUAUUUACAUAAUUGCUAGUAUCUACUACUGAUUUGGUCACUAAGUUCCAAUUUGAAUUUUUACUAUAUACAAGAAUGAUACCAUAAAUACGAAUGAAAGAUAAACACGUAGACCCGUGGAGUUAGCCUGAGACAAACACCGAUAUGUACAUGAUCGCACGCUAUAAUAAAAGGAGUGAGCAGGCGAUAGCUUGAUACACAGUACACUGUCAAUUAAUACUGUCUCAAAUGAACCUCGCUCAGUGCUUUCAAAUCAUUUUGCCGUAGCAUGUCCUAUUGUUAACUGGUAGAAAAUGUCGCCAUGCAUUUAUGUACAUAGAGCUUUGAGAUUCGAGCCAAAAGCUUUCUCUAGCUAUGUGCUGCUUCGUAAAUUAUGCCAAGUGCUCGGACAGUGCAGUUUACUUGCAAUCUUACGGGAAACGGCUUUACACAAGUAGUCAACAUGCAUUAUACCAUAAAGCACAACGGUCAUUUAAUUCCUUACAUGUUAGCGAUUCCCAUUUACAAUAUAGUAACUUGGAAAAACCAUCCUAUCGUUCAGUAUAAAUGGGCUAUUAAUGACCAUUGUUGCAUGAAUGACACGUAGAAGACUGCGAGCAUUCAACGAAAACGUAAAAGGAAAAACACGAAAAGCGCUGUUUUAAUUGAGGGACGUGUGCUAUACAAUGUGAAGACGCGUCAAACAAGACCUGGUAAGCACGCGCAGCCGCAGCAAAAACGCGCGAAAAUUCGGAAAUCCGCCGUCAGGUGGUAUUUUUUUAAAGAAACCCGCGAAAUCAUAUACUUGUCGUGUGACGUUUGACGUACAAAAAGGCGUGGCAACUGCCUGCAAUUGUAUUUCCAAGCAACACCAAAUGGCCAACAAACAAAGGGUGCAAACGCACAGGAUAACCAAUCUGUGAUGAAAUAUUGUUACGGCGUUUUGAAUUUCUUCGACUGACGUGUAACCACGAAGGAGCGAACAGCGAGCGCCAAUUCGCCAGCAAAAAAAAGUUAGCGAAGGCCAACAGGGCUGCUUGCAAGGUAUACGACUCGGCGAGAAAAUAAAACGAACUAAAAGAGCAAGCGAGAGCUAGAGAGAGAGAGAGAGAGAGAGAGAACAGCCAGCACAAAGCUUGUUGUACGUACGCGUCGUCUCGGGCAUUUAUUCACGAAGGUCCUUGAAGUGAUCAUGCGCAACUACCAUCCCUUUUCUUCUUUCUUUCUCAGCGAAGGCGCUCAGCAAAAAUUACACAAAGCAAGUGCAGAUGCAGUGACAAAAAGAGCAAGGAUAUAAGUACAAGGGAAAGCACAGCAUGGCGACCUUCGUAGCUGUAUGUAUGACAAACAAAAACUGGGGAUCUGUAAGAUCUUAAGCGAGCGGUCUCGCAAGAUGAUACACACGCGUAAUUUGUAUAUCUACUGGGUCACUGGAGAUCCUAACCUAAUGCCCGCUACAAGCAGCAGCCUACGGUGCGAAGGAGAGGUACAUAGGUGCGACCGCACGCAAGCGGGAUAGAGAGCGCCAGAGGAAGAGAGAGCGAGGAUCAAUAGUGGGUGGCGGUGGUGGUGCUGCUUGCAAGUACAGCCGGUGCACACAGCAUCGACUCUUCUCUAGCUACCUAUCGACUUGCAUUCUCUGGGCGUCUUACUCCCAUGCUGCACCACCCGACCUCCCCUCAAUCUACACUAAACCGCCACCAGCCAAGAGAAAACGCCCUAGGCCACGCGAUAUGCGUCUCCCUGCGAUAUUGCGAACCACUGCUUAUUUAGCACAGCCAUUUAUAUCAUACCAUUUAUCCACUUAUUUAAUCGCAAUAUACCGAUAUCGUGUUCGUUAUCCCUGUAGAUUCUUCGACAAUCGUACAAUCUUGAACGUCAAUUUUUUUUUGCAUUGAAAAAAAAAACAAAUAAUGCACGAUUGCAAUCGACGAACGCAGCAUUAAUUCACGAAACCCCAGCAAUCGAGCUACUGUCAAUUUAAAAAUCCCUCAUGUAGUUUUACACCUGUACGGUUUAUGACGACUAAUGCGACUAGAGCUAUGCAUUUGACACAAUUCGUAUAGGACUUACAGCCACCAAGGCGCCUCUACACUAUAGCAGAGGGGCCGAGCCCGAGCCACAACUCGAGAGUGAUCUACGGCCUACGAUUGCCACGGGCUGAGCUGCAUUGUUGGUAUUAGUGUUCAAAAUCUACGUCAUACGAAAUCAUCCACGGAAAAGUGUUCGCUUACACAUCUACGAAGAGUCAACAACGGUCAACUCGCACAACCCUGCCCGGCUAUACUAUAAGAAAAAUACAUUUUGUUGGUAAAAUGGACAAGCUGGACAUUGCAGAGUUUAGCAAGGGCGCUUUCGAGCCGGUCGAGCUGAUAAACGAGAUCUGCAAGUCUGAGGAGGCGCGCGACAACAUUGAGUCCUACCUCUCAACCGCAUUGACAAAGCUACAGUUGUACGUACAACAAGUCAGUACUUCGCUGGAUGAUAGCGGUCAAAAUGUUUUGUCGAACAUGCCGAAAAUUCUGCGGGAUGCUCAGCUAUUGCAACAAGAAGCUCUGUCUUUGAAGGAAAAGAUGCAAGUUGUAAAGCUUGAUUUCGAAAAUGUUGAAAAGCGCACGUCCUCUUCUAUUCGUGUUUUGGAAGAGUAUGACAGGAUGAAAACGGAAUUGAUCAAUAAAACGGAGAGUUUGAAAGAGGCGGACAACUGGCUGGCGUUGUCGAACGACGUAGAUGAUAUUUUUGAAUCUGGCGAUAUCAACAAAAUAGCAAACACUAUAGCCAGUAUGCAAAAAUCACUAUCGGUGUUGCUGGAUGCGCCCGAUUACGAAGAUAAAAAGCUACAGUUGGAGGGUCUCAAAAACCGUUUGGAGGCAUUAGCCAGUCCGAAGCUUGUGCAGGCAUUCACGGCAGGAAGCUUAGAACAAUCGAGACUGUACGUCGACAUAUUUACGAAGAUGGAUCGAUUACCUCAGCUGCUCAAGUAUUAUCAGAACUGCUUAAAAGUGUCAUUAGCGCAAGAAUGGAGAAAGGCCAUUGAAUUCGCCCAAGAGGAAAAUAUUACGUACUGGUUGCGAGUUUAUUACGACAAAUUGUUAAACGCGUGGCAAGAGCAGGUGAAAUUUUGCAACCAAGUUUUCCCGAACUCAGCACUCGGUACACUGAUCGAGCUUACCAUAGACUUGCUGCAUAGUCUAGAUCCAAGCAUGGUGGAUUGCAUCGAGUCAGUGUUGAGGCAGCAGUCCAAUACCAUUAAAUUGUCCUUGCUCAUGGAAUUGAAGCAGAUCACUAGGCAAUUCGCCGUCAAUUUGAGCGCCAUUACGGAGACGGCCUCGCUCGAGAGAAUCGCAGACCCCAAUAUUCUGAUCCUUGCGCAAACCAUCUAUGCGCCUUACAUUCCGUACAUAGCGAAAUAUGGUAUUUAUGAAUCGUCACACUUGUCUCAACAGCUUAACUCCCUGGAAUUAGCUCACGACGACUUGAGCGACACAAUAAACGCUCUGUCACUGAGCGUCGCCAAAAUUAUGGAUUACGCCAGCGAGGCCAAUAAAAGAUGCAUGGUCUUCACUGAUGGAUGCGCUUAUCCGAGUUUAGUAAAGGCUUUCAAUUCGUUUUUUAAUAACUAUCAAGACAAGUUCAAAGUAGGACUGAGACAGCUGAGUAAGCGCAAAGUCAAGCAUGAAGACUGGAACUUAUUCCAAAUGUGCCUGACACUUAUGCAAACCACAGGCGAAUUUUUGAGUUUGGUUGAAAACUUUGAAAAGCAGUUACUGAGCGAUAUAACUGAUGCUUACGACAAAUUGCAGAAUCCAGCAGGCAGUGCUUUCAAUCAUUACAAAUCUCUUCUUCUUAACUCCUCUGCUCAAAAAGAAUUAGGAGAGUUUGUUGAAUCAGUAAAAACAGGAAACAAAUCAAUUUUAGAUCCUACCUUAAAAUCCAUUCGAAAACUUUGUUCAGAUUUGCACAGAUCAACUUACGACGUUAUUUUUGCUCCUAUUUUUACACAAUUGCUCCUCGUCAGAAGAGCACCGGCUUGGUCAUCCGACGUCAACAAAGCUCCCACAAUAAACUCAGAUUUACCUGACUACAGUUUCGCCCCACAAGAAUACAUAACCCAAGUAGGACAAUAUUUAAUGACAUUACCACAGCACUUGGAGCCAUUUUUAUUAAGGGAUAAUCCUAGCUUGACAAAAGCUUUAAAAGCAGCGGAUCCACAAUACAGUCAAGAAUCAUGCGAGUCAGGUUUUACAAAUAUUUUAUUAGGAAUUAUUGCAAAAGAAAUCUGUCAAAUGUUCCAAGAUCAAACCUGGGGAAUUUAUGAACUGAAUCAAGCGGCAUGCAAACAAUUGGCUACCGACAUUGAUUAUUUGGGGAAUAUACUCGAAGAACUUGGUCUGACACUAUCUGAGAACCUGCAGCAGAUGUCUUUGUUAUUACGACUAUUUCCUGAAGAAUAUCAGAGUGGUAGCUCUGGCUGUAAUGCUCGAGUUGUAGCUGCUGUCAGACAAAUGAGAAACAUUACAUCAUUUGGUUGAAGCACUUAAACUUUAAUAACGACAUUGAAAAAUCAAUGAACGAUGAGUGUUCGAUUAGUCCAGUAAUUUGUUGAUACUUAAAUUGCAUUCUAAUUUCCAUGGGAAUGUAUGUACAUUUACCGAAUUGACUUAAAAAUAACAGUUCGAAAAAAGUACUGAAUGUUACAUAUUUUUUCGAUGUUAACUUAUGACUAAAUAUUCAAUAUAAUUAAGAUUAUAUUUUAAAACUUGUAGAUCAGGUAAACAACAAUUGUUCUUAAACAUUUUAGAAAAUACAUUUUAUAAAGUCAAAUAUAAAAAUGUUUGAUUUGUAAAAUAUACGGAAUGUAUAACCCGAUUAAUCGCAUAGUGAUUACCUUGAGCAAAAAUCAUUUUUAUUAUUAUUUACAAUUUUUUUAGAUUAAUCAACAGAAUCCGCGAGGAAAGCUUGUGGAAUACUGUAUUAUAAUACCAUUAUGUUUAUUAGGACCAUAUGCAAUAAAUAAA